CACUGGGGCGGCUUCAGACAGGCUACUCACGGCAACCGGCUGGUUUACGUGUGCCUUCUGAGGAUGGAGAAGUGGGGUCCCACCCUUGGGGCAACUGAGGGGCAUCAACGUGAACACACGUGAUGGUGGGUCAGGAUGUGGGGGUCUCAAUACCCACCUUCACAUAGGGUGAUUCUCCACCUCUGGGCUGCUGGACCUGCUUCCCGACGCCGUUAAAAGCCUAAGGUGUGAAAAUGAAGUCCCUGGCCACCAUGAUUUGCUGUUAUAUGUUUUUUCUGGCCACAGAAUGUUCCCACUAUAGACCCAAGAUUCACAUCAAAGGUGGAAAUAAACCUCAAAGCCCUGCAGGGAAACCCAGGACUGGACAGAUAGAAGAGAAAUGCCAAGGGCUGUGCGUCACUUCCUCCAACUGCAGCCAGCCCUGUGCUAAGCCCUUCCGUGGAGAAAUCAGAUAUGUAUGUCACCAAAAAAUGUGGCAAAAGUCAACGGAAACAUGUACAAGCCUUUCUGUGGAGACACUUUUCAAGGACUCAGAUGCUGCUUCACGCCUUUCCUUAGCAUCGGCUUCAAUCCCUCUGCACAUUCUUGACCUCCAAGCUCCAGAGCCCAUAGAGAGUGUCACUCAAGGGAUCCUCAAGAACUGUCCCCUCGACUUUGCCUGCAUAAUUAAUCCUGUGAAGUCAUCCGAAGCCACAUCUGGAAAUAUUGCAUUUGUAGUGGAGUUAUUAAGAAAUAUAUCAACAGAGUUGUCUGAUAAAGUGACUCGAGAGAAAAUGAAGAGCUACAGUACAGUGGCCAACCACAUCCUCCAUCCAGCAGCCCUUUCGAAUUGGACUUUUGUUCCUGACAAGAAAGCCAGCUCAGAUUUAUUGCACUCGGUGAAUUCCUUUGCCAGGCAACUCCAUGUCCAUGAUGAAUCUGAGGCCAUUGUGGAUGAACUCUUCAUUCAGACCAAAGGCUUUCACAUCUAUCAAAAUACCUCAGGGAAACGUCUCAAUUUCUCCAUAAGCAUGAAUAAUAGCACAGAAGGUAUCUUAGGAACCAUAGAAAUUCCCCAGCAGGAGCUUCAGAAACUGCCAAAUGCAUCCCAAGCCAUUGGCAUAGCAUUCCCCACUCUGGGAGCCAUUCUGAAAGAGACCCAUUCACCAGAUGGAAGUCUGUCCAGAACCCCCAAUGGUCUGGUUCUGUCAGUCAUGUUGCCAGAAAGGCUGAGAGAAAUCCUACUCACCUUUGAGAAAAUCAAUAAAUCCAGGAAUGCCAAAGCACAGUGCGUUGGCUGGCACUCCCAGAAAAGUGUGUGGGAUAAGACAGUAUGCAAAACCACGUUAGAUGCCAGGAGCGUGGUGCAAUGCCGCUGUAACUGCACCAGCACGAUGAAGUCUUUUUCCAUCCUGAUGUCCCCGCGGUUGGUGGGGGACAAAGUCCUGGACUAUGUUACUUGCAUAGGGCUGAGCAUCUCCAUCCUCAGCUUGAUUCUCUGCCUGAUCAUUGAAGCCAUGGUUUGGCCACGUGUGGCUGUGACAGAGAUGUCACAUAUGCGGCACGUGUGUCUCGUGAACAUAGCAGUAUCUCUCUUGGCUGCUAACUUGUGGUUCAUCAUUGGCUCCAACUUUGAUAUCAAGGCCAAGAGCUACAACUGGUGUGUUGCUGUAACAUUCUUCAGCCACUUUUUCUACCUCUCUCUGUUCUUCUGGAUGCUGUUUAAGGCACUGCUCAUCCUCUAUGGAAUACUGGUGGUUUUCCGGAGAAUGAUGAAGUCCUGCAUGAUAGCCAUUGGCUUUGCUGUUGGCUACGGGUGCCCGUUGGUCAUAGCUGCCACCACAGUAUCUAUCACGGAGCCAGAGAAAAGCUAUGUGAGACAGGACAUGUGCUGGCUGAACUGGGAUGGGAGCAAAGCCCUGUUUGCGUUUGCCAUCCCAGCCUUGGUCAUUGUGGCUGUGAAUCUUGCUGUGGUCUUCGUUGUUGCUUUCAGCACACAGAGGCCUUCUAUUGGAAGUUCCAACUCUCAGGAUAUGGCCAUUAUUAUGCGGAUCAGCAAAAACGUUGUCAUCCUUACCCCACUCCUGGGACUGACUUGGGGGUUUGGAAUAGCCACUCUCAUCGAGGGCACGUCUGUGAUUUUCCAUAUCAUCUUUGCUCUGCUCAAUGCUUUCCAGGGUUUCUUCAUCUUGCUGUUUGGAACCAUCAUGGACCACAAGAUAAGACAUGCCUUGAGGAUGCGGGUGUCUUCACUGAGAGGGAGCUCAGGGCAGCAGAGAAUGCGCCAUUAAAUUUAACCAGUGGAUCCAAGUUAAUGAAUCGGUGAGGACAAGAUGUGUAGGGUGAAGACUAUACAGUCUCCUAGGGGCUUCAGGAUUAAAGGAAUGGAGGCAUGCCACCGCUAGAGCUUGGCUGGAACUAAGUCGUUGAAUAUCAGCUCUUACUACCAACAGUGUUCCAACCCCUCUGCCCAGGUGUCUGUCCUCUGGGAUCUGCAUCCUGAGGGACAGGUCAUCUCCAGGAGAAGUAGUAGGUGAGAGGAAGGCUGGAGUGAGGUGACUGCCCUGCUUCCACGGAGGACAUCUUCCCCCUCCUGCUGGGAGUGACACCUCACAACGCACACAGCGAGGAUGAUGUGUGAGGACCAGACAUAACAAGACUGCUCUGCUGACCUGUGGACCUGCCCUGGACCUGCAGAUGCCUGGCUUCUGUCACCUCAUCAAGAUCAGGAAUAGACCUACAGAACCUGCUGUGGCUUCCAAGGCAGUUAGGUCUCUUUUACUCCCAAGGCUGCUGUGGCUCUGUGGCUCCAUCCUGUCUACCUCUGUGUGUGUCCUGGCGCUUGGGGACAGGUUAUGUCCAGUUUCAGGGGUAGGGUUGGGGUAGGAGCGCAGGGUGGGCUGGCAGGAGAAACACUGAAUCUAUUUGGGGGCAGUUUAUUCGUGGUAGAUUUCCUAAAGAUGGGGAACAGAAGGUAAGAGAACUAACUGAUGUAUUUAUUAUUUUGUUCUAUUUUAGAGCUCGAGUUAAAUAAUUUACCUUUUAGGAUCUUAGUUUCCUUGUUUGUGAAACAGGCAAAAUAUUCCUGUAGGUAUAACUAUUUGUGUGUACCUGUAUGUGUGUGUGUGUGUGUGUGUGUGUGUUUAAAC